AGCCGCAGGCUGUUGGCCUCACGCACCUGCCCGCACGCACUCAGUGACGAAGAAGCUGGUGGUGUAUUCACGUAAAAAUGACGGAGCGUGGGAAGUCGUGCAGGGGUCAAGAGUUAUACACUAAGGCAGAAUGACGGGAACUGUCAUGAGAUGGUGGCGAAGGCUGCGACGAGAAUGGAACUGCAAAAACGGAAGAACUGCGUGGCCGCGCCAGGUCUUUGUCUGAUAAUAGUGGCAAUUUUAUACUUAAGGCCCAGUCUUCAUCGGUAACGACAACAGAGAUGGGCGGCUCUGGUAUUUGGUAGCCCCCUGCAUUUUCUCGCGUGGAUUCUUGGCACCUUAUGCCUUUUGCCUUGAUAUCUAUCAUGAUCAAACUCUUCAGGGGACUGAAUACCAGGAGGAAAUGGCGAGAGCUGUUUGGUGGGGGGGAUUACGAAUCCUAGAUCAAUCAUGCCCACCUUUGGCUUUGGUUUUCUCUAAUCUGUGUCUUUCUUCUACGCAAAUGUGGAAGGUUAACUUCUAAAGCGCUUGGGAGGAGUGAGAGGGCCCUUUCUACGCUGUCGUCGCCGUUUCGACUACGGCGUAGCUUUGGAGCACGUCGUGGCCCCUCUCUUCUUCGUGGGGGCGGGCCUUCUAGUGCAAGGGAUAAACUCGGUGGAGGAGCUUUCCCUGCGAAGUCCGCUCUCGUGUGCAUGAGUGGAAACCCACGGACACUAGCGUUUCCUCACAUCUACGAGUCGCUUAAGUCGAACGUUUUAGAUGCAUUUCGAGGGGAAGGCGAGAACCGCACUGAGAUACAUCUUGCUUUGAUGCUCGCAUAUUUCGGUGACGAGAAUUCCAAAUACCUACGCCACGUCGGGGAGCCACGAAUCCCUCAAAGAGUUUGCGGUGGAGCUGGGCCUCUGGAAAAAGCUAUUAGACAUUUGCGCCCACGUCAGUUGCUCCUUCUUGAGCAGAAUGAUUGCACGACGUACCGCUUUUGGAGAGAGGCCACCGCUUACCGAACCGAGGGGACCGAGGGGCGGCGGAGACCUCUGCGAAGCGUGUCGCUACCUGCGAACGCUUCUCGAACUCGACGCCGUCGAGGUUCCCGAGGUCUUCCAGAGGGCCUUCCCCUCAUUACUGGAGCUGCACUAAGUGUCCGACCGCCUGGGGGUGGAGGGAGCAGGCGAACCUUGCUAAGCUUUUUUGCUUGGAAAGAUUCUGACAAUGAUUUCUCUUACCAGCGGGAGUUGCAGUCCACCUAUUUUGAUUCAGAUCAGAACUCCCCGCACAGCCACGCUGCAAAGUGUGACGACUCCCGUAGCGGUCCCUGGCUUAUGGCUAAGUGGGUCGAUGAGUGUUUCACGCAGGAGCGUAUGCCCUUUCUUUCCGACCAGGGUAAAAAGGUACUGGGCAAUGACUCCCCGUCAACGACUGCGUCCUAUUUGGCUUUCGAUUAUUACUUACGCGCUAGACCGGAUCUGUUUUUUUGGCGUCCUAUCCCUUCUGCGGUGUCAGGGCUCUACGACCACAGCGAUAAUUUUUAUGGCUACGUCGAGCUUUUCACUGUUACUAUCAUCGAUCCCAUAUGAACUGGGGAUAGUGGGGUGCCCCCGUAAGGUUCAGCGAACGCCCCCCGCGGUCCUAUACAAGACGUCACGCCUUCCCCCCCCCGGUAUACUACUGAGAGCUAGACCCAUCUUGGGUCAAGCGUCACGCGAAAAGCGUGACGCGCCACGCGAAAAGCGUGACGCUUUUGCUGCGUGUACCCUACAGACUUACAAGGGGCAAGGCGUCACGCGAAAAAGCGAGCGCGACGCUCACAAAAGCCCCCGCAGAUGAAGGGCCCGCUGACCUUCAGACCAUGAGGGCCUUCAAGUGAGAAUGCUCACUCUGAGAGGGCCCUCAGAUGAAGUCCCUCCGAUCAUGAGGACCCUCAAGAAAGGGCCCUCACUCUGGGAGGGCCCUCUGAUCAAGCCCGUCCGAUCGUGAGGACCUUCAAGGGAGAGCCCUCACUCUGAGAGGACUCUCGGGCGAUGAUGAAGUCCUUCCGAUCAUGAGGCCCUUCAUCACGGGAGAGCCCUCAGUCUGCGAGGACCUUCAGAAGAAGUCCCUCCGAUCGUGAGAGCCUUCAUCUGCGAGGACCCUCAGACGAAGUCCUUCCGAUCAUGAGGACCUUCAUCACGGGAGAGCCCUCUCUCAGGCUGCGAGGACCUUCAGAAGACAAGAAGUCCUUCCGAUCAUGAGGGCCUUCAUCUGCGAGGACCCUCAGAGGAAGUCCUUCCGAUCAUGAGGACCUUCAUCACGGGAGAGCCCUCAGUCUGCGAGGACCUUCAGAGGAAGUCCUUCCCACCAUGAGGGCCUUCAUCUGCGAGGACCCUCAGAAGAAGUCCUUCCGAUCAAGAGGACCUUCAUCACGGGCGAGCCCUCAGGCUGCGAGGACCUUCAGAAGAGGUCCUUCCCAUCAUGAGGACCACCUUCAGGAGAAGUCCCUCCCACCGUGAUGACCUUCAUCUGCGAGGACCCUCAGAAGAAGUCCCUCCGAUCGUGAGAAUCUUCAUCACGGGAGAGCCCUCAGUCUGCGAGGACCUUCAGAAGAACACACGGCAAAAAGGCGCCCAGUCUGCAUUAGAUUCCUAUGCGUCACACUAGGGCACGCACGGCGAAAAUACACCCAACCCCGACGAGAUUCCUGCGCGUCACGUUAGCGCACACAUCGCCAAAAAGCACCCGACCCCCAUGGGAUUCCCUCCAUGCGUCACGCUAGGGAAAACAUGGCAAAAGACACCCCAUCCCAACUAGAUUCAUGCCCGUCACGCUAGAGGCGUGACGCGUGACGGACCGCGGGGGGCGUUCGCUAAGUCUUACGGUGCCCCUCCUCCUUGUCGAUCAUCUAAAGGGGAAAAUAAGGAGGGAAAGGGCGCCACGUUCAUAGAUACUCGAAUUGAUAUACUCAAAAACUGGCACCGCUAAGACUUAGUUGCCGCAAUGGAUAAGCAUGACGCUGUUGCCCAUGACGCUUUUUGGAUCGUAAACCGGAGAGCCCUGGCGAAGUGGUGGCUCGAUCGCGGGCCUCUCUUGGUAAAUUCCUCUUCGCCUCAGAUUUCGUCCGCAUUUAGCGCUCUGUCCUCUAGGUUUUUUGCGCAGAACCCACCAGACCCGAGAAGAAUGUGCCUCAAUUGUCAUCCACCUCGACCUUACACCAGCGUCCACGACGAUCUCGAAUCUGGUUUGGGCUUUGGCUGUUGUCCAGAACUGAACGAACUUUUUUUACCACGGUGGCAAGUAAGAUACGAAAAAUUUCCGCGCAGCUUCAGCGGAUGCAUUGCCCGUGACGCAGUACAUAUAGAUUGUCAUAGAAUUCCAAAGAAAACAGUACACGAGGACGUGGAGGCAAUCAUGCAACGACUAUGGGAUGGCGCUGUGAUUGCGAACAGUCGUAUACCUACUAGCGGGGGCAACGCUUCGGCCGCUGCUUCAGCUUUCUUUCGCAAGAUUUGUCAGAAGCCAAAUCGACCAAGCUUCAGAGAGCUGCUGGGAAGAUUUAUUCCAUCAAGUAUAGUUUUCGCGGCGAGCGCAAUAUAA